AUGACUGGGUAUAGAGCCGAAGAUGACUAUGACUACCUAUUCAAGGUGGUUCUGAUUGGAGACUCGGGUGUUGGCAAGUCCAACUUACUUUCAAGAUUUACUAGGAACGAGUUCAGCCUCGAGUCCAAGUCUACAAUUGGUGUUGAGUUUGCUACAAGAAGCUUGACUGUUGAUGGAAAGGUCAUCAAGGCUCAGAUUUGGGACACUGCUGGCCAAGAAAGUGCUCCAAUCUUUAUUAGGAAACAGUUCUUGAUCUGGGAUGCUGUUUUGAUUACUCCUUUGUCUACUGGUAAAGGCGUUUUUGGGAUUGUUCCAUUUUGUCAGCCUUUUGAUCCUAUUCCCUUGCCCUCUGCUUGUAUUUCUCUUGAGAUUGACUUGACGUGCUACUUGAUCAUCACUAGAACCAUUUCUUUUGUUUACUUCAUCUCAAUGAUUUUUCGCAGACCAGAUUGUAAGAAAGGGUCAAGAUGCACUUUUUUCCUUGUUGAUCUUAAUUACUAUCUUAUCAAUGGGAGGCCUUGUUCAGAUUUUAUUAUGGUUGAAGAUAUGCUUUGCGAAUUUGAUCUUGCACCCCACAAGUGGAGUAGUGAUGAGCCAGGAUAUCUUCCUUUAGAUCCUUAUAAAGCUCAAUGCCGGUUCAAGUAG